CCAGUCCCCCGCCCACCCUGCUGCUCGAGGGGACGGAAGUGACGUCAAGCCCGGGCGCCAAUCUAAUGCUCCCGCCGACUCGCAGGAGCCGUGACGCUGGAGUUCCGGGGUUCAGCGGCUUGUGGAGUGUUGCUGUCUCGGCCCGCAGACAGACGUCUGGCCUGGUCCACGAUCAGGGACCGGGGCUGGCAGGAGACUUUCCCGUGUGCUCACGCGGGGGGAGUGGCUGCUGAGGAAAAGGUGCCGGUGCGGUCUGGCGGAGAGGCAGGAGAACCGUAAGCUCAACCGGCCUGGAUUUGUCAGAAUGGAGGAAAAUAUGAAGCUUGCUGCAGUGGAAGACACUGUGAAGUACCACCUGUUCCUGAUAGCAGAUGAACCAAGGGAACCAGAGAAACACGAAGAGACUCUUCAAAAGUAUAUUGAGAGAAUAAUGACCCAGUUUGCACCUAUGCUGGUCUCCUACAUCUGGCAGAAUCAGCCAUUCAACCUCAGAUAUAAACCUGGAAAAGGAGAUGUUCCUGCUCAUAUAUUUGGCAUGACAAAGUUUGGGGAUAACAUUGAAGAUGAAUGGUUCAUUGUUUACUUAGUAAAGCAAAUUACAAAGGAAUUUCCAGAGUUAGUUGCAAGGAUUGAAGACAAUGAUGGUGAAUUUUUGUUAAUAGAAGCUGCUGACUUCCUCCCAAAAUGGUUGGAUCCUGAUAAUAGUACCAACAGGGUGUUUUUUCACCAUGGGAAACUGUGCAUCAUCCCUGCACCAAGGAAACAUGAAGCAUCAUCGUGGUUACCCACCACAACCCCCACAGUCGCACAAGCAUUGAAUAUAAUCUCAACACACCCAGAAAAAAUUCUGGCUUCAGAGUCUGUACAAGCUGCUGUGAAUAGACGCAUCAGAGGAUACCCAGAAAAAAUCCAAGCGUCCCUUCAUCGAGCACACUGCUUCCUUCCAGCCGGCAUCGGAGCAGUGCUGAAAUAUCAGCCCAGGCUGGUGGCUGCAGGAGUUCAGGCAUUUUAUUUACGGGAUCCCAUUGACCUUCGAGCCUGUCGUAUUUUCAAGACAUUCUUGCCUGAAACACGAGUUAUGACGUCGGUCACUUUCACUAAAUGCCUGUAUGCACAGUUAGUGCAACAAAGAUUUGUACCAGAUCGGCGGAGUGGGUACACACUGCCUCCUCCAUCUCACCCUCAGUACCGGGCCCACGAACUGGGCAUGAAGUUGGCUCAUGGAUUUGAGAUAUUAUGCUCCAAAUGUAGCCCAUAUUUUUCUAGCUCCAAAAAAUCCCUUGUGACUACCUCACCACUUUGGGCUGGUUUCCUUGAAAGUCUGAGAAAGAAUGGUUACUUUAAGGAACUGAUAGAAGGUUCUGCUGAGUACCAGGAAAGACUAGAAAUGGCAAAGAAUUACUUCCAGCUCUCAGUAAACCGACCAGAAAGUUCUCUUGCUAUGAGUCCAGGUGAAGAAAUCUUAACUUUAUUACAGAAAAUACCACUUGAUAUAGAAGAACUUAAGAAAGAAGAAGCUAAUCUUCCCCCAGAAGAUGACGACCAGUGGUUACAUCUCUCACCAGAUCAGCUUGACCAGCUACUACAGGAAGCCGCUGGCAAAAAAGUAGAUUCCCUGUCCAAAGGGGAGGAGCAGAACUGUGACUUAACUCAAGUCUCAGAAAGCAUGAAAGCUUUCAUAUCCAAAGUCUCAACCCACAAAGGAGCAGAGCUACCCCGAGAACCUUCUGAGGCUCCAAUCACUUUUGAUGCAGAUUCUUUUCUUAAUUACUUCAAUAAGGUUUUAGGACCAAAGCCUCAUGAGUCAGAUUCCGAUGAUCUGGAGGAGGAAGAUUUUGAAUGUUUAGACAGUGAUGACGAAGUGGAUCUGGAAACACAGGACCCUGACGAAGAAGCAUCUGUAAAAGGAACUCUUGAUAAUCUCAAGUCAUAUAUGGCCCAGAUGGACCAGGAACUUGCACAUACCAACAUUGGCAAAAGCUUCACCACCCAGAAGCAAAUGGACCCUUUGUCCCAGAUGUCCAGUAGUAAUUCAGAUGAGGAAGAUUCUGUUGCAGGAGGCUCUGUUUUGACAUCAGUGGAUGUAGACCUAAACCUGGUUUCAAAUAUAUUGGAAUCAUAUAGUUCACAAGCUGGACUGGCAGGACCUGCUUCCAACCUUUUACAAAGCAUGGGGGUGCAGCUGCCUGACAACACCGAUCACAGACCCACAAGUAAGCUAGUGGAAAAUUAGCCAGAAUACCUUGUCCCUCUUUUUUCUUAAAUAAACGUUGAGUCUGCUGGUA